CCACAUUGUAAAAAGUUCCAUAUUGAAGUCGCUCUCUAACCGUCCCAUCAUCACGACUUCUUUCGGCUUUCUCUCAGUCCGCCGAUUCGUCACGCCAAAAUGCCUCGAAUACCGCGGGUAGGGGCUCUAGCCUCUCUUCCAUCGACAGUCGUCCCCGUCAACCGAGUCCCCUUCGUUGCCCGCGUCGCCUUCUCAACAACCCCCGUCCACGCAGCUGGUCGCAAGGCCGAAUGGCUCCGAGAUAAGCUGUGGAAGGGUGAAGCUCCUGGAGGCGAUGAUCCUUAUCAAGAGAGAGUGGAACCAGAACAGACAUCAAACUUGCCAGAGGAGGCCUUGGAUCUGUCAAAUGUCGACCGCAGACCCUACCCUGUGCGCACCACUCGUCUCGUGCUACCUCCAAGCCAUUCCGAAGCCAUGACUGAGAAGGAAGUCGAGUCUGUCGACACUGAAUAUACGCCCGCGACUUCAAUUGAUGAUCUGGAGGAGAUUUCACCCGUCAAGACAUGGUGGGACCAACCAGGUCACUGGGGUGAGGAGAGCGAAUUCCAAGGCUUCGGCAGCGCAAACCGAGUAGAGGAUCAAGCAGUUAUGGAGAUUUACGUACGUCAAGCUCUGGUCGAGUCACUCUCAUACCAGCAGCGAGGACUUCUUGAGGAAUAUGCGGUAAAGAAGUGGCCUUUUGGUGACAGGGCCCACCUGGACCGAACAUUGUCUGUGGGAAUUCGAUUUAAGGAUGGAAAGCCUCUUCUCAGCACUCAUUGGAGUGUUGUCACUGAGAAGUUGAAGAAUGUCAGGCCCGGAGAGGUUGAGGAAAAGGUUGAGAUUUCUCCUGAGGAGGCUCAGCAGAUGGUUAAUGCUCUGGACCCCUCAUGGAAGACCGCCACUCUUGACGAUGACCACCUCAAGUUUGCUAUCCGCAAGCGUAUCUACCAACUCACAGGCCAUUUCAUUCCCGACGUCAAGGUCGCCGCCGCCCGCACACCACAAGAGCUCAUCACCGUAGCCCUAACAUUCGCCAAGCGGGGCAAGAAGCUCGCCGAGGUUCUUGAGGAUCAGAAGGCCCUGUUCGCACUUCCUAACGUCAAGGUGCACAACAGGAGAGUCACACCUAUUGACCGUGAGGUUGCUGUUGGUCGCUGGAAGAUUAUUGAGGAGGAGUUGCAAAAGCGAGAUCUGCCUGUUACUGGCACAGGGAAAUAUGGGAAGAAUAAGGAAAGGGAUUGGCUGACCGGUAAGGCUUAAAAGUUCAUGUGAGGUGUAUGAACAGAGGUGAUGUAUGACUGUAUAUCUGUACAUGUAUAAUAGACGAACAAAGAAAUCUUGCAUCACUGUUGCUAUUCUCUUAAUGUGAUGCAGUGCUGACCAACUAUACCUUUCUCGAGAUAACUACGCAC